CCAUUUUCUGCAUUCAUCAACUCUCAUUCUCACACUCUCUUCACUCAUCUUUACUCUUAGCUCCCCCAAUGGAGAAUUCCAGGAGAUCUCCAUUGAAGCCAUGGAAGAAAGGUCCAGCUAGAGGCAAAGGUGGCCCUCAAAACGCCAUGUGCGAGUAUCGAGGAGUUCGCCAAAGAACUUGGGGAAAAUGGGUAGCAGAAAUAAGGGAACCCAAGAAGAGAACAAGACUAUGGUUGGGUUCUUUUGCUACUGCUGAAGAAGCUGCCAUGGCGUAUGAUGAAGCUGCAAGGAGAUUAUAUGGACCAGAUGCUUAUCUCAAUCUACCUCAUCUUCAGCCUAGCUCCAUUAAUCCUCUAAUUACCAGCAAAUCACAGAAGUUCAAAUGGAUUCCUUCCAAUAACUUCAUUCCUAUGUUUCCUUCUUGCGGGUUGCUUAAUAUACAUGCACAACCUAGUGUUCAUGUCAUUCAUCAGAGGCUCCAAGAACUCAAGAAAAAUGGGGUUCUUGGUCAAUCCUCUAAUGUUUCUAAUUCAUCAUCUUCUGAUUCAAGAAAUGAAGCAAACAUUGUAAAUGAUAGAACCCAUGUAGAAAAUCAUAUAGUUAUGGAGAAAGAUGUGGAAAUAACAUCAGAAAAGAUGGUGAGAUAUGAUGAGGAGAAACCGCAGAUUGAUUUAAAUGAGUUCCUUCAGCAACUAGGCAUACUAAAAGUAGAAGGGAAACCAGAAAACAAUGAUGCCACAGAAAGUUGUGUGGAGCAAGUAUCUUUAUUAAACGAUGAUGACAAGGACAAUAACCUUGCAGCCGUGGCAGACAAGAGUUUCAACUGGGAUUCGCUGAUUGAGAUGCAUGGAAUUGCUGAUCAUCUAACAGCAGAAUCAUCUAGUUUACAAGUUCAUGAUGUCCAAGAAGACCCGGCUUUCCCAAUUUGGAACUUCUAGCAUCUAGCCAGCUAGGAGGAAUCAACUGGUUUUGGUAGAGAGAGAUACACGUACCCUCACUGGAUAUUUUGGAAGUAGGAAUCUUUGGUGAUCCUUAAAUAUACCAAGUUUAGGCUGCUCUAGACCCACUUCUCUUCCCACUUAUACUAAGCAUUUCUAUCCAUUAGUGGCAUAGCAUCAUACUAGAGUCAGCAAAUAGAAAGCAUUAACUUUGCUUUCGUAGUCUUACUGGUAGGAUUGGGGAGUAAAUUCACUUGUUGCACCUGUUGUUAGCCUAUGGCUGCCAUUGAUGUGAACUUAGCAGAUGUUUGUUUGUUUGGCUCACAUUUAACUGAACAGGAUACUUUUGUUUCUGUUCCAGCAUUUUCUGGCUAGACUAGGGAAACCUACAAUACAAAACCCUCAAAUUCUCUAAGGAUUUAAAACAAGCUUCUCAACCGAGCAAGUUAACCACGUUCAUUAUUGAAGGGUCAAGUGUAGUGACUAGUGAGACUUCUCCUGGUAUUCCCUACCAGGAGCAUGGAAUAACCCCCUUCAAAAAUGUAAUGAAACAAAAUUUAGAAGAAAAAUAAACAAUUAAGUUCAUUCAAUUACA